AUGGAGUAUAAUAAGGUACUAGAAGUUUUCGCAGUCAUUGAUUUUUCAAGCAACAGAUUUGAAGGAGACAUUGCAGAGUGUAUUGGAAACCUACGAGGGCUACAAGCGCUAAAUCUUUCCGACAACAUGCUUAUUGGUAGCAUCCCUCCAUCCUUGUCCAACAUGACGCAGCUCGAGUCCUUUGAUCUUUCUCGAAACAAGCUAUCAGGAAAAAUCCCUCAACAACUGGUGCAACUCACAUUUCUUGAAUUCUUCGACGUCUCUUCUAACCGUCUCCAAGGAGGUAUACCACAAGGGAGCCAAUUUUCUACAUUCGAUAGUACCUCGUACGAGGGAAAUUUAGGAUUGUGGGGCUAUCCUUUGCAAAGCUUGAAUACUCCUAGAGCCCCAUCUUCAGUGCCUGAAGAUUUCGAUGAAGAUGGUCAAGAUUCAGGGACUUGGUUUGAAGUUUAUUGGGUUACAAUAGUGCCAGGAUUUGUUGGCGGGUUGAUAUUCGGGGUGGCGAUGGAGCAGUUUCUUGCAGUGGACAAGCGUGAAUGGUUCCUCAAGGCUUUAGAUUUUGUGGCUGCGAUCAAAGCUAAGGGGAGAAAAAGGCAUUAA